AUGCACCCUCAAAAGAUCAACGGGCGAACACUACACCGUCGCUGGACUCCGCAGGAUUUUUACGAAAGCGUUCAUGCAACGUCGAAUGAUGAAGUGACGGAUGCGACGUACGAUAGCGUGCUGGAAAGUGAGCUUUAUCCAUUCCAAAAACGCGCGGUGAAGUGGAUGCUCGCUCGCGAGGAUACAAUGCAGUCACCUCGAGACGGCGGCACAACGUUCUCCACCUUGGCAACCGACUUGGACGGCAAUGCUUGCUAUGUCGACCACAUGCAAGGCAUAGUUUUUGCACAUCCUCCUCUCGAUGGCGAACAAAGCGUGUCAGGUGGAAUUCUGGCCGAAGAGAUGGGUCUAGGCAAGACGGUCGAAUUGAUGGCAUUGAUCAGCUUGAAUUCACGUCCGAAGCUCACCACUACGAAAGUCUCGAAAGGACCAGACUUGGUAAUGGACAAUUACUCCGGAAACAUGGUCAUGCCAUCCAGAGCAACCCUAAUCAUUACUCCGGCAUCCAUCCUUCCUCAGUGGCAAACUGAGCUCAAUCGACAUGCGCCAAAUCUGUCAGUGUUUCACUACCAGGGCAUCACCGCGGACAAGAAGAAAUCGCCAUCUGCCGAUGCAAUACUUCGAGAUCUUGCUACCAAGUAUGAUGUAGUGCUGUCAACAUACCAUACCUUGGCGCGCGAAGUCCACUUCGCAGAGGAGCCACCAGAUCGAAACAUGCGUCAUCAGCGCAAGUUUGAGCGGAAACGCAGCCCACUUGUACAGAUCGAAUGGUGGCGAAUUUGUCUGGACGAAGCGCAGAUGGUCGAAAGCGGCGUGACGGCCGCUGCUCGCGUUGCCUGUCGACUUCCCCGAAUCCACAGUUGGGCUGUGACCGGAACUCCAUUGCGAAAGGAUAUUCAGGACCUUCUCGGCCUGCUGAUCUUUCUCCGCUACAAGCCCUUCGACGAUGUCAGUUCUGGUCGAUUGUGGGGUCAUCUCGUCCGGUCGCAUAGACAUCUCUUCCGCAAAUUGUUCGGCGCCAUCGCCCUUCGACAUACCAAAGCACAGAUUCGAGACGAAUUACAUCUCCCGGCGCAGAAGCGGGUUGUUGUGACAGUGCCAUUCAGUGUGGUAGAGCAGCAAAACUACACCACUUUAUUCAACGAAAUGUGCGAGGAAGUUGGGGUGAACGAAGACGGCACACCGGCGGUAGAAUUCUGGAAUCCCAGCGAGCCUGCUGUAAUCGAGAAGAUGCGAACGUAUUUGUCUCGUCUGAGGCAAACGUGCCUUCACCCGCAGGUAGGAGGGAAGAACAGAAGGGCUUUGGGCAAAGGUGCAGCGCCGUUGAGAACGGUUGCGGAGGUGCUUGAGGUCAUGAUCGAACAGAACGAGACCAAUAUUCGAGUCGAGGAGCGCACGCUCAUCGCUGCUUCCCUCCAACACGCACAUAUACUUGGCAACAACGAAGAGGACGUCCGCCGCAGCGAAAAAGCUCUCGCAAUUUACGAACAGGUUUUACAGUCCUGCACCGAAAUGGUCAAAUCGGCCAGAGAACAACUUGCAGCGGCCCUUUCAGCCGCUGAUGUUUCAGAAGAUAAAAUCGACAGCGACGAAGAAGCCAGUUCGGAAUCCACACCUCUUCUUGGACGAUUGAAGAACAACCUGCGGAUUGCCCUGCAGCUGCAGCAUGCGAGCACUUUCUUCGCAGCAACAAUGUACUUUCAGAUCAAAACCAACGAGGCCCUUACAUUGGAAGGCUCAGACGACUUCAAGAAGCUGGAGGAGAAGGAAUCGAGUUUUUAUGAGGAUGCAAAAUUGUUGCGCAAGGAGAUUCUAUCCGAAAAUUCCAAGAAAGCUGAGAGUCUCAUGCAGAAGAUCCGCGACCUGAGCAACAGACAGACCAUUACAAAAAUGCCGACCAUCAAAGACUUGCAAAGUCUUGGCGGUAUCGAGAGCAGACGCAUCGUGGAGAAGAGUGAUGCGCUGUUUGACGUAAUUCGAGAGCUCAACGGAGUACUCAAAGACUGGCGCACUCGAAUGGCGGCUCUGCUGCUCAAGCCGCUGGUCGACGAGGAAGCAGACAAGGAGAUCGUCGGCGACGAAUACGAAGACUCCACCAAGCAGCAAGAUGAGCUAUACGUUUACUUCGAUGCCUUCAAAGCAGUACACGCUGAUCUCAACGCUCUCGUCACUGGCGAGAGUGCGCCUUUGAUCGAUCAUGAGGCCAAGCUUUACUUGAAGAAUUGCAAGGCGUACUUCAAUCCCGAUUUUGCUGACGAGGACAAGCCGCAUAUCCACGCACCAGAACUGGGCCAAAAGCUCUUCACCAUCCGCAAGAAAUUCCGAGAUCAGCGGGAACAAGUUGGCUCAGUGCGAGGGCUCAUUCAAGAAGCUCGUACUUUAGAGAGCUCUAUGCAUGCGAACGAACCAGGAACCAGAGUUGGGACAGAGUACGCCAUUGUUCAGAGACAUCUACACUCGCUCCAGGCAGUCUAUUCAUCGUACAUGAAAGCCUUGAGUGGGCUGGAGAAGGAGGUCGAACUGUUCCGAACAACACAAAAUCAGAGAGUGGAGUUCUACAGGCAGCUACAGGAGCUCUCCGACGAUGUCGGCCCUUACAAGGAGGAGCUUGACAAAGAGCUUGACAUGCAUGCACUCGAUUCAGCACUGCAGAAAGAGAAGCAAUCGACGAAACUUCUGGCUCAGCUGAAGACGAAGAACCGCUUUUUAGUUCACCUCCGCGAUGAUGAGUCUGGAGCUCAAGGUGGUCCGAAAGUGUGCAUUAUCUGUACAUCGACCUUUGAGCAAGGCGUGCUGACUGAAUGUAUCCAACAGUGGUUCUCGCAAGCACGCUCCUGCCCAAUGUGCAAGCGAAAACUCUCCAGCGCGGAUCUCCACGACAUCACGUUCAGACCUCAACAGCUGCGUGCUCAGGAAGAACAUCAACCCGGAGGAUCAUCCAAUUCUCCGACCAAAGCGUCUUCAUCUUCAUCACGCGAGAACGGCACUCCUGCUCAAGCUACCGGCAUCUACACUGAUGUUUCGCCAACCCUGCUGGAGGAGAUCAAGUCCAUUGACCUACCCAACUCAUAUGGCACUAAGAUCGACACUCUCGGUCGUCACCUGCACUGGAUCCGUGAGCACGAUCCUGGCGCCAAAUCAAUCGUCUUCAGCCAAUACCGUGAGUUUCUCGAUGUACUCGGCAUCGCCCUCCGGGACUUUAAGCUCGGCCACGCUCGACUUGGCCGACCUGGCGCCGCAGAGAAAUUCAAGCACGACCCAAGCAUCGACUGCCUCUUGCUAGAUGCAAAGACGGACUCAUCCGGUCUGACGCUGGUCAAUGCCACCCAUGUCUUCAUCUGCGAGCCGCUCAUCCAGACUGCAGUGGAGCUACAAGCUAUCGCACGAGUUCAUCGGAUCGGACAGACCCGUCCAACAAUGGUGUGGAUGUACCUCAUCAACGACACUGUCGAGGAGGCCAUCUACGAGAUCUCUGUACAGCGACGCUUGGCACAUGUUCAGGGACGAAGCAAAUCCAAGAAGACGUCGAGAGAGGCGACGCCAGGAGCAGCGCAGGAAAGUGCGAUCGAGGUGGCAAAUUCCGAGGAGUUGCAAAGUGCGCCAUUGUCGAAGCUGUUGGUUGCUGGGAAGAGUGGUGGAGAGGUCGUGGGUACUCAUGAUUUGUGGAAGUGUCUGUUUGGAAAGACGGGUGCUGGGAAUAGUGAGGCGGCGCAAGGUGAGGUUGGAAGAUUCUUGCGGGCAGAGGCGGCGGAGGAGAGGAGGAAUGAGGAUCGUGAAGCUGCGAGGGCGGGCGCGGUCGACCGGUCGCGAGGAUGA